AUGCCCCCUGCAGAUGGUGCCAUGGGCAAGCCCGCGCGCCGCGACUUUGAGGAGCUCACGGGAGGUCUGGAUGGCAACAUCCGAGGCGUCUCCCUGGGCUGGGACCUCGGCUGGACGAGUGCUGUCGUCGGUGCAGCCCCGGUGACCUGCCGAAGACCAGAGGCCGUGGAGGAGGUGCCGGCGCCUUCGAAGCACUCUGAAGAUGUUAGCAAAGUGCAGCCCAAGGAGGGCCUCUGGAAGGAGGUGGAUGCCAAGCUGGCGAACGAGGCUUCCGAUGAGGCCUACGACGUGGCGAUGGCUGCCCUGGCAAAGGCUCAGCAGGCCGGUGACAAGAAGGCCCAGGCGCUGGCAAGCUACCUGGCGGUGCACGUCAAAGUGCUCCAGGAAGACCGCAAGGCCAUUGAGAAUCUCCCGAAGUCUCUCAGGGAGGUCGCCGCGCUGUACGGCGAGGUGGGUGACAAAAGGGAGCAGGAGGAUGUGAUGAAGGACAUUUUGGAGUUCCACCUUGCCAACGGCCAGAGGGAAGAGGCUGCCAAGGUGGAGCAAGAGAUCCGGGAUCAGGUGAAGGGCAACAAGAAGGAGGAGCCUCCCUGCCUCCUCCGCCUUGCAGCCGUCUUCUACUCCAUGAGCGCCAUGGAGGGUGCCCGGACCCUUGUUGAGGAGGCUGUCGCCGGCUUCGGUGCAAGUGGAGACAAGGCUGGCAGCGUGACGGCCUUGCGCUCCAUGGCGAUGCUGUAUCUCUCGCAGCAGAAGUUUGACGAAGCCUUGCAGGCUUUGGAGAAGGCCGUCCAGGGAACAGGGACGGAGAAGGCCAGCAUCCAGUAUGGCAUCUCACAGGUCUAUGCUGCCAUGGGCGGCAAAGGCGUUAGCAGCGCCGUGGAUGCCCUGAAGAAAGCCAGGGCCUUCAUGAAGGAGGACGGGAACAAGGAUGGUGAGCUGGAAGUGCUGCAGAUCAUGUCCGAGCUCAUGCUCAGCAAGCAGCAGGGCACCGAUGCCGUCGCCACCGGCCAGGAGGCCCUUGCAGUGGUACAGGCCACGGGGGAUCAGUCCAAGGAGGCAGCCGCUCUCUUGCGCCUGGUGGGCGCCUGCCUCUCCUCGCAGAACGAUGGCGAGGCACUCAAGUACGCCGAGCAGGCUGAAGCCAAGGCCCGAGCGGCUGAUGACAUCGAGAAAGAGGCCCAAGCCAGCUACAACAUCGCGGAGAUCAUGCUUCGGAGGGGCGACAAAACUGGCUCCAUCAAGCGCUCGAAGGAGCAACUUCAGAGGUGUCGCGAGAAGCAGCACUCGGCUGGACAAGCCUCUGCCAUGGUUGUUCUUGGACAAGCGCUCCUUGCGGAGAACCCCAUGAGUGCCGAGGGCAUGCGGUACCUGCAGGCAGCACUUGGGCUCUACAAGGACUCGGACGACUUUGUUGGACUUCAUUCCGCGCACUUCGCCCUCGCGAACGGCUACUUUACCCGUGGUGAUCUCGAGGAUGGCUUGGCACAUGCGCGCGAGGUCCUGAGCUGCUGCCGGCGCAGUGGAGACAAGGUGAACGAGGAGUUGGUGAAAAACAACAUCGAGAGAGCCCGCCAGCUCACGGCGCAGAUGCGUAUGUCCAGUGCCAAGAGGCCGAGCGUGGAGAACGCAGGCAUCCUGCUCUCUCCCGCGGGCCCGCAAGCCUGCCACAUGAAGCACAGCAGG